AUGACGAAUACUAGUAGACCUAAUCUUACAAACCAAGCCCUUCUCGACAAGAUAGACAAGCUCCGAGAACUCAAUGUCCGAGAUCUUGAGUUACCCCAGCUUGUAGUAGUCGGAGACCAAUCUUCCGGUAAAAGCUCAGUUCUAGAGAGUCUUACAGGUUUCGCAUUCCCGCAAGGUGCCGGACUUUGCACACGAUAUGCGACGCAGAUCUCUUGUCGCCGUCGGCCUGAGCAGAGCGUUUCGGUAUCAAUCAUCCCCCGACCAAACGCAGAUCCGGAACUCGUCGAGCGACUACGGAAGUUCCACGUUGAAGGAGAUACGGUUACCGCCGAUGUACUCGAAGAAUGCUUCUCAGAGGCUAACCGACAUAUGGGGAUCAGGAUGUCUUCUGAUGCCGGCGACUCUCAACUACAAGCGUUCAGCGAAGACAUUCUCAAGAUCGAGAUCAACGGCCCGGACCAAGAGCACUUUACUGUGAUUGAUGUGCCUGGUAUCUUCCGCGUCCCCAAUCCUCCACUGACCACCGACAGUGACGUUACCUUGGUCCGCAACAUGGUUGAGUCGUAUAUGCGAAAUAGCCGGACUAUCAUCCUAGCGGUCUUGCCAUGCAAUGUCGACAUCUCAACCCAAGAGAUCCUCAAGAUGGCCGAAGUUGCAGAUCCAGAAGGUGUUCGAACAAUGGGUGUGCUCACUAAGCCUGAUCUAGUGCUGGAGACCGCAACUCGCGAUACCAUCAAAGAACUUGUUUUGGGUGGGCGGAACAGGCUGCGUCUGGGCUACUGCAUGGUCAAGAAUCGCGGCGCCGACGAUCGCGCAUCUACCCUCACAGAUCGACUGGAGCAAGAGAAGCGCUUCUUCUCCAAGCCGGAGUGGAGGUCUUUGUUGACUACAGAAAGGUGUGGCGUGGGCUCGCUCAAGACCCGUCUUAGCAACCUACUAACAAACAUCACAAAACGAGAACUACCAAACGUCAGAUCUGAUGUUCUCGGCCAACUGGCAGCCUUCCGAGAGCAACUGGAUGGGUUAGGGCCUGCACGUACUGACGAGACAUCUCAGCGUACGUACCUAGGAAAUCUCUCGACGAAAUUCCAAACCAUCACUCAAAAUGCCCUGAAUGGCUCCUACGACGGCAACCAUGUCUUCACAGCACAGCCAAGUCUGAAGCUCAUAACUGCCGUGACAAAGAUGAAUGAGGCCUUCUCCAACGAAUUCUGGCAUAAGGGUCACAAACGAACGACAUCCUCCACAUCUGGUGUAAAUGAGGAAGAGAAGGCUUACGAGCUUGGAAAGAGAGAGGAAGACGCCGCGCUAGUGCAAGCUACACUUGAAGACUAUCCUGAGCUAUGCGACAUAGUUGAGAUGGAGGAUUACGAGUGCCCAGAGCCGAUCGCUUCUGACGAAGACCCCAUUGCCAAGCAUAUUGAGCGCGUCUAUCAAGAGAACCGAGGACCAGAGCUGGGCACGUUCUCAGGUACCAUACUGGCUAUGAUCUUCAAGGAACAGUCGGAGAAGUGGCCGCAACUCGUCCAGGCUCAUGUCAGCAAAUCCAUCAUUCUGGUGCACGACUACAUAGCCAAGCUCCUUGCCCACGUCUGUCCCGACAAGGAGAUCUGUGACCUGCUAUGGGAUCAUCUCAUCAUGGAUGCAGUACGCAAAGCAUAUGUACGAGCUAUGAAGCAGGCUCAAUUUCUGCUGCGAAUCGAGCGAGAAGGGAAGCCAUCAACGUACAACCAUUACUUUAGCUCAGAGGUGCAAAAGAAGCGGUUAGCUCGUUUAGACGCUGAUAUCGAAGAGAAGUUCCCUCACGAGGAUGGCGCCGAACCUCAGCUCGUAUCGACCACUAACCUGCGAAAUCUGGUCAUAGACAAAGACAACGUGCAGCAAGUGCGCGAAGACAUUCUUGACGUCCUUACUAGCUACUACAAGGUCUCACGAAAGCGCUUUGUUGACGUGAUUUGUCGGCAAGCUAUCGGUCACUUUCUUCUUGAGGGUGAAGAGAGCCCCCUCAGGGUCUUCUCUCCUGAGAUGGUGUUUGGUUUGGGAGUCGAGCAGCUGGAGUUGAUAGCUGGGGAAGAUGCGGGUACGAGGGAACGGCGAUCGAUGCUAGAGUCUGAGGUCAGAAGCUUGGAGGCUGCGAUGAAAUUGCUAAGAAUUUGA